AUGCCACGGGGACGAAAGAGCCGGCGUCGCCGUAACGCAAGGGCCGCAGAGGAGAACCGCAACAGUCGUAAGAUUCAGGCCUCAGAAACCUCUGAGACCCCGAUGGCCGCCUCUGUGGUCUCGAGCACCCCGGAGGACGACCUGAGCUGCCCAGAGGACGACCCAAGCACUCCAGAGGAGACCUCCACUACUCCUGAGGAAUCCUUGAGCACUGCUCAAGCGCAGAAGCCCUCGGUAGCCCGGAGCAACUUUCAAGGCACCAAGAAAAGCCUCCUGAUGUCUAUAUUAGCCCUCAUCUUCAUCAUGGGCAACAGCGCCAAGGAGGCCCUGGUCUGGAAAGUGCUAGGAAAGUUGGGGAUGCAGCCUGGCCAGCAGCACAGCAUCUUUGGAGAUCCAAAGAAGGUCGUUACAGAAGAGUUUGUGCGCAGAGGGUACCUGAUUUAUAAGCCGGUGCCCCGUAGCAGCCCCGUGGAGUACGAGUUCUUCUGGGGACCUAGAGCACACGUGGAAUCAAGCAAGCUGAAAGUCAUGCACUUUGUGGCAAGGGUGCGUAACCGAUGCUCCAAGGACUGGCCCUGUAAUUACGAUUGGGAUUCUGAUGAUGAUGCAGAAGUUGAGGCUAUCCUCAAUUCAGGUGCAAGAGGUUAUUCUGCCCCUUAG